AUGGCUGAGAUUUUUUGGGAGUUUUGUAGGUUGAAGCAAGAGGGUCUCAACAAGACCAGCAGUGACAAGAAUGGAGGCCGGAAUGAUAAGAUCUCGGCGGUUGAAGAAAUCGACGCCGCCGUCGGAAAAAGCCCCGAUCUGGGAGCGUCGCCGGACAACCAAGGCAUGUCUGCUUUGCACAUUGUUGCUAAACAAGGUCAUGUCAAUGUAAUGGAAGAAAUUAUUAGUCAUAAUCCAGAUGCUUGCGAAUUGAUCGACAACAGAGGAUGGAAUCCUCUUCAUGUUGCCAUUGCAAAUGCAAAGCUUAAUGUUGUCAGGCUCAUACUGAAAAAGCUAAGGCUUGACAGUCUCAUCAACGCAACCAAUAGGAAAUUUAUGAUUGUAAAGAAGUUGGAUAAACAGGGUGGCCGAGCAAGUCUGCGAUCACUUGUCAAUGGGAUAAAUAUUCAUGAAGUCGGUCAUGAGAACAAUGAAAUCAAAUGUCAUAGACUGAAGAAUAUAUCCAACAUUCAUCUACUGGUGGCAAGUCUUAUAGCCACGGUGACUUUUACAACAGGGUUUACAAUGCCCGGAGGGUAUGAACAAGACCGAUCAUCCACAAAGGGCAUGGCGAUGUUUUGUAACAAGACAUCUUUCAAGGUUUUUGUAAUAGCAUAUUCAAAAGCCUUCUACUGCUCCUCUGCCUAA